AUGAAGUUCGAUAGAUAUCGUUUAGUUGUUUAUUUAAUUAGUCUUAAAAACAAAAAGAUGUAUUUCCUCACCAUCAUUUCGUUAUUUUUUAUUACUUUUAUUAAUCAUACAUUCCCACAAGAACCAGAUUCAUAUGGAGUUCAUGAUCAUAGUCUUAGUCGUCCAUAUACAAACAUUUUUUCUACUAGUCGUUCAUAUUGGCAUUUAACUGGUAAUACAUUAGCUACGGAUCGUUUUAUUCGUUUAACAGCCGAUACACAAAGUCGAACUGGUGGUUUAUGGGAUACAAUACCUGUUAGUUAUCCUGAUUGGGAAUUACAAGUACAUUUUAAAGUUCAUGGUGAGGGAGGAAAUUUUUUUGGUGAUGGAUUAGCUAUUUGGUAUGUUAGAGAUCCAAAAUUAACUGGUCCUGUUUUUGGUUAUGCAGAUCAUUUUUGUGGAUUAGCUAUUAUUUUGGAUACAUAUGCCAAUACAAACGACGAUUAUACUAAUACUUAUCCAUUUAUAUCAGCUGUAAUAAAUAAUGGUUCACUUCAUUAUGAUAAUGAUCGUGAUGGUAGAGAUAUAACUGUAGCUGGUUGUGAAGCAGCAUUUCGUGGUCGUGAUUUAGAUACUCGUAUUGCUAUACGUUAUCAAGAUAAUCGUUUAAUUGUAUAUACUGAUAUUGAAGGAGUAAAUGCGUGGGCCGUAUGCUUCAUAGUUGAUAAUGUUCAUUUACCAACACAUUAUUAUUUUGGUUUUACAGCUGCAACUGGUGAACUUAGUGAUAAUCAUGAUAUUAUAUCAGUUUAUACAUAUCAAUUGAAUUCAAAUGAAGAUAGAGAAAAAGAAGAUCGUAAAAAUAUAAUACCAUCCGCUCCUUCAUCUACUAUGGGAAAUACAACUAAUCAUACUCCAAAAUCAUCAAAAUCAUCGGCAUUAAAAAUAUUUUUUAUUGUUUCUCUUUUGGUAAUUAUUUGUUUGAUUGGUAUUGGUGCAUUUUAUUAUAUGAAACAACGUCGAUAUCAUAGCUCAAGAUUAUAUUAA